AUGCAUAUAAAGAAGAUCAAGAUUCAAGGUUUCAAAACUUACAAGAAUGAAACAAUUGUCAACCAGUUAAGUCCUCACUGCAAUGCCGUUGUGGGAAGGAAUGGUUCAGGGAAAUCAAACUUCUUUGCCGCGAUAAGAUUUGUUCUUAGUGAUGCAUAUACGCACAUGACUAGGGAAGAAAGACAAUCACUUAUUCAUGAUGGAUCUGGAACCAUAAUGUCAGCUUAUGUUGAAGUUGUUUUCGACAACACGGAUAAAAGGUUCCCUAUUGGUAAAGACGAGAUCUCGAUUCGACGUACAAUCGGAUUGAAAAAAGAUGAUUAUUCUUUGGAUGGUAAAUCAGCCACAAGAUCGGAUGUGAUGCAUUUACUAGAAAGUGCCGGCUUUUCUCGAUCAAACCCUUACUAUAUUGUACCUCAAGGUAGAAUCACGAGCCUCACAAAUUCCAAAGACCAUGAGCGAUUACUGUUACUAAAAGAAGUUAGCGGUGCCAAUGUAUUUGAAAACAAACUUAAGGAGUCCAUGAAAGAAAUGGCACAAUCAGAAAUGAAAUGUCAACGUAUUGACGAAGCUUUGCAAAAUAUUCAGGAACGAAUCAACGAUUUACAAAUUGAAAGUGCUGACUUGAAGGAUUUCCAACAUUUGGAAAAGCAAAAAAAAAUUCUCGAGUUUAAUAUAUUCGAUCGAGAGAUUAAUGAAUUAAAUGAAUCGAUUGAGGAGUUGAGCAGUAGGCAUGAACAGUUGUUGGCGGAGUCUCAUAAUGACUUAAGCACGAUGGAGAAGAGAGAAAAGCUUUGUGUUAAUUUACAAAAUGCAAUCAAGGAUUUAAAUGUUAACUUGAAAGUUGUUACUGCAGAGAAAGAAGAAGCUUUUAUGGAGCAUGAUAGUUUGCUCAAGUUGUUUGCAACAAAGGAAGUUGCUUUAAACGAGUUGCGCAACAGUCUUGAAGGUUCAGGAGAGACUCUUGAUGGUUUGGAGAAACAAAUGCGUGAGCUUGAAAUGGCUCUUUGUGAAGCUGGUGAUGCCGUUAAAAAACAUGAACCCCAUUUGAACAAAUUACAAGACCAGGAGAAAAUACUAAAGUCCCAACUACAGGAGUUGAUUGCAGAGCAAAGGGCCUUAUAUUCUAAACAAUUUCGAUUCCAAAAACACGCGACAAAGGAGCAGCGUGACACGUGGCUUUCUAAAGAGAUAUCUAGGUUGCGAAAAGAAUCCAAGUUGAAAGAGCAAGAAAUCAAGGAGAUUUCGGCACUGCUUCUGAAUUUCGAAAAUGAAGACAACAAGAUAAGCGGCAAGAUAUCUGAAGCAGAGAAGUUUAGCACAGAGUAUGCAGAUGAGAUUUCAACUUUGAAGCUUGCAAACACGGAAUUGAAAACCAAAAUCACCGAAUGUGUUGAUUCUCGGAAACAUUUGUGGAGAGAAGAGAUUAAACUUCGAAGUGUUAAGGACUCUUUGACCAAUGACCUUAUAAACACGACAAACUCGUUAAACCAAACAAUGGCUCCAUCAGUAGCGCAAGGUUUAUCAGCAGUAACCAAAGCUGCGCAAAGACUCGACCUUGAAUCUAACAUUUAUGGAACAGUUGCUGAGCUAUUUAGCAUUAACGAGAAAUACAAAGUAGCCGCUGAGGCCAUUGCUGGGACUUCGCUUUUUCAUGUUGUUGUUGAUACGGAUGCAACAGCGGCCACACUCAUUGAAGAGCUUAACAGAAACAAAUCGGGUCGGAUCACCUUUAUUCCAUUGAACCGAAUCGAACCAUUGAAUAUACAAUAUCCCGAUUCACAAGAGAAUCAGUGUAUACCACUUAUCAGCAAAAUCAAAUGCAAUGAUGAGAACGUUGGAAAGGCAAUGCAACAAAUAUUUGGUAAGGCUUUGGUGGUGAAGGAUUUGCAAAGAGGUUCCGAGCUUUCACGAAAAUUUAAGUUGACAUGUAUAACUCUAGAUGGUGACCGGGCUGAUGUGAAGGGUGCCAUUUCAGGAGGGUAUCGUGACUAUAAAGUUUCAAGAAUUGACGCAUUGAAAUUGCAAAGGAUAGCCAAGGCUGAAUUGAAGAAAACAGAGGUUGAAUUAGAAAAAGUUGUGGAAAAGAUUAAUCAAUGCAAUCAAACAAUCACAUCUGUCAACAAUGAGUUGCAACUUAAUACACGAGAUCUUGAUAAACUUUUGGAGUCAAUCGAGCAACUGAAACAGGAUCUAGUGCAGGCCACGACGAGGAGACUGCAAUUACAAGAGUCCAUUUUUGCAUCAAGAGCCAAUUUGGUCUCGUUACAAUCAGCACGAGAUGCAAUAAUCUCCAAGAUCAAGCAUCACGAGCAAGAGCUCGAUUCAGAUUUUAGCCGCACCUUAUCUGACAACGAAGCUGAAAAACUUCAGAAAUUGAACUCAGAGAUUGCUGCUGUGGAGCUGCAAAUGGACCAAAUACUGGCUACAAUUACCGUUGAGGAAAAUGAACACAAUGAGUUGGAUAAUACAAGGCAAAGAUUGGUUAAUCAAUGCAAUAUGUUAGCUCAACAGAUUCGUACAUUUGGUGAUAAAAAGGUCAAUGUUCAAGCAUUGGAGGAACUUGAAAGCGAAUGCAAUCUGUUGAAAUACAAGCUUGCAAAAGUACUGCUGCGUAGUGAAGAGUUGGUGGUGGUUCACAAGAAAAUCUCGGAUGAAAUUGCUCAAAACGAAGAGGCAUUGUCUAAAGCCAAUAAACAGCAGCUAACAUCCAUGACAAGUUUUGAAACGUAUCAAAAGGAGAGUUCAAGAAUUGUAAAUCAAAAACUUAUCAAAGAGCAGACCAAGGCGGAAAUCAAUAAUAGCAUUAAAAAUUUGGGCAUUAUUCCUCAAUUUGGCUCUGACGAUUUUGCGGGAUUAACAACAGACGAAAUGGCUCACCAAUUAAAGAAAGUCAAUGAGGAUUUGGUUAAAUAUUCCCACAUCAACAGGAAAGCCUUGGAACAGUAUAAUCAGUUUACAAAGCAGCAAGAAGAUUUGAGGUCCAGAAGAGAGGAUCUUGAUGUGUCGAAACAGUCUAUUGAAGAUUUAAUCAAGAAUUUGCAAAAGCAAAAGAAGGAUGCUAUUAUGAAUAGUUUUAAGCAAGUUGCUGAGGCUUUUCAUAAUGUGUUUGAACAAUUGGUGCCACAGGGUAUUGGCUAUUUGACAUUGCAAAGAAAACCGUCGUUGUCGUCUGAGUCCCAACUGCAGAAUCAAGAGCACCAAACACAAGAUGUCGAUUUUGAUGAAGCAAGUGAUUAUCAAGAUUCGAUAGACAACUAUACUGGUGUUGCCAUCUCGGUUUCUUUUAAUUCCAAAGACGAUGAGCAACAAAAAAUUGAGCAGUUGUCUGGAGGCCAGAAAUCAUUAUGUGCAAUCGCCCUUAUAUUUGCCAUUCAGCAUUGUGACCCAGCACCAUUUUACUUGUUUGAUGAGAUUGAUAGCAAUUUGGAUACACAGUAUCGUACAUCUGUUGCCGCGUUGAUCAAGUCAUUAAGCUCACAAGCACAAUUUAUUUGUACAACGUUCCGUCCAGAGUUACUAUCCCUCGCGGCUGAUAAGUUUUACGGAGUAGUGUUUACUAACAAAGUUAGUAAUAUCCUUGAAAUUGAUAAAGAAGAGGCUAUGAAUUUCGUAGAGGGGCAUUCUAGUACAUGA